UUAAGUAGACCAGUAAAUAAAACUGCUAAUACAAAUGAAAUUUAUGGAGUAAUUCCUUACAUGGCUCCAGAAGUAUUGCGUGGAAAGCCAUAUACUAAAGCUGCUGAUAUUUAUUCUUUUGGAAUUAUUAUGUGGGAACUUACAUCUGGUAUUCCUGCUUUCAAUAACAGACCUCAU